AUGCUCUUUGUUUCCAGUAUGCUCAACUUGGCCUUACUUCCCCUUCCCCCUCCAUGUGUAUUGGUUGAUGUUAUUUCAGGUCCUUUCAGUAAUCAGGAGAUGGCAGAGUGGUUCCAGGCUGGAUACUUCACUAUGUCCCUGUUGGUUAAGAGAGCCUGUGAUGAGACUUUCCAGCCACUUGGAGACAUCAUGAAGAUGUGGGGCAGAGUUCCCUUCACUCCAGGUCCAGCACCACUUCCACAUCUGGGCGAGCUGGACCAAGAGCGGCUGACUAGACAACAAGAGUUGGCCCUGAUCCAAAUGCAGCACCUCCAGUAUCAGCAUCUUUUAAUACAACAACAAUAUGCACAGGUGCUAGCUCAGCAGCAAAAGGCAGCCCUCUCAUCCCAGCAGCAGCAGCAGCUUGCUAUUCUCUUGCAACAGUUCCAGGCCUUGAAGAUGAGAAUAUCAGAACAGAACAUGAUGCCCCCUGUUACAAGGUCUGUGUCAGUGCCGGACACUGGCUCAAUAUGGGAACUUCAGUCACCUUCACAACCUACAGUUUGGGAAGGAAGCAGUGUCUGGGAUCUCCCCAUUGAUACUGCAGCUCAGGGACCAGCUCUAGAACAACUUCAGCAGCUCGAGAAGGCCAAAGCUGCAAAGCUAGAGCAAGAGAGGAGAGAAGUGGAAAUGAGGGCCAAACGAGAGGAAGAGGAGAGGAAAAGGCAGGAGGAGCUUCGGAGGCAACAAGAAGAGCUACUUAGGAGGCAGCAGGAAGAUGAGAGGAAACGACGGGAAGAAGAAGAACUGGCCCGCAGGAAGCAAGAGGAAGCCCUGAGGCGACAACGGGAGCAGGAAAUUGCACUAAGGCGGCAGCGGGAAGAAGAGGAGAGGCAACAACAGGAGGAAGCACUUAGAAGACUGGAAGAGAGAAGAAGAGAAGAGGAAGAAAGACGGCAGCGAGAGGAGUUAAUUCGUAAACAGGAAGAGGAGGCUGCCAAGUGGGCACGUGAAGAGGAGGAAGCUCAGCGGCGGCUUGAAGAAAGUCGGCUACGCAUGGAAGAGGAGGCAGCCAGACAGCGGCUUGAAGAAGAAGAGCGAAAGCGCAAGGAGCUGGAACUCCAGCGCCAGAAAGAAAUAAUGAGACAGAGGCAGCAGCAGCAGGAGGCUUUACGACGGCUGCAACAGCAGCAGCAACAGCAGCAACUUGCACAAAUGAAGCUCCCUUCAUCUUCGACAUGGGGUCAGCAAUCAAAUUCAGGAGCUUGUCAAUCCCAGACAACACUGUCAUUGGCAGAAAUCCAGAAGUUAGAAGAAGAACGAGAACGGCAGCUUCGAGAAGAGCAAAGGCGUCAGCAGCGUGAACUAAUGAAGGCCCUCCAGCAACAGCAGCAGCAACAGCAGCAGAAAUUGUCAGGCUGGGGUAAUGUCACCAAACCAACAGGCACCACCAAGUCCCUGCUGGAGAUACAGCAGGAAGAGGCACGGCAGAUGCAGAAACAGCAGCAACAGCAGCACCAGCAGCCGAACAGAGUCAGAAAUACUACGCACUCUAACCUGCACACCAGCAUUGGGAAUUCAGUGUGGGGCUCCCUAAACACUAAUCCCAGCAACCAGUGGGCAUCUGACCUAGUCAGUAGCAUCUGGAGUAAUGCUGAUACCAAAAACUCAAACAUGGGUUUCUGGGAUGAUGCAGUGAAGGAAGUGGGACCUCGUAACUCGACCAAUAAAAACAAAAGCAAUGCCAGCCUCAGUAAAUCUGUUGGUAUUACAAGUAGACAAAAUAAGAAGGUGGAAGAAGAGGAGAAGCUGUUGAAAUUGUUCCAGGGGGUUAAUAAAGCCCAAGAUGGAUUCACUCAGUGGUGUGAACAGAUGCUUCAUGCACUCAACACAGCCAACAACUUAGAUGUUCCCACGUUUGUUUCUUUCCUGAAGGAAGUGGAGUCUCCCUAUGAGGUCCAUGAUUACAUCAGAGCCUAUCUUGGAGAUACUCCUGAGGCCAAGGAGUUUGCCAAGCAGUUUCUUGAGCGCCGUGCCAAACAGAAAGCCAGUCAGCAGCGGCAACAGCAGCAGCAACAGGAUUCAGUGUGGGGAAUGAACCACAGUUCGCUACAUUCGGUCUUUCAGACCAAUCAGAGCAACAACCAGCAAUCCAAUUUUGAGGCUGUGCAGAGUGGCAAGAAAAAGAAGAAACAGAAGAUGGUUCGUGCAGAUCCCAGCUUGCUAGGGUUUUCAGUGAAUGCCUCAUCAGAGCGGCUCAAUAUGGGAGAAAUAGAGACUUUGGAAGACUACUGAGCAUGUGCAAAUCAACUGGCUUUUCCUGCAUCUGUUAACCAUGGAUUCUCCAUUUUGGACACAGUACUCUCCACCAUGCGUUCUUCUUCGCCUUGCAGUGAAUCACAGAAUUGAUCAUCUCAGGCUGCUUCUUCUAGCCCCAGCAAACCCUUUCUGCCCAGGACUGCACAGGCAUUGUUCCUACUGUCAGCCUAGAGUCAAGUGAACUUUAUUCAGAGUCCUGGGAGGGUGGGAGAUAGGAUUCAUUCACAACAAGGCUGAUUUGGGCAGCAAGCUUUCACUGUGCUGUGAUGUCUUCUGCUGACAUACCUGGAAAAAAAAAUCAAUUGGGAUUCUGCAAACCAUUGCUUCCCUCUCCUGGUUACUCUUACCACAUCCAACAUGUGCAGUCUUGGAGAGAGAGAGAGAGAGUUUGUGGUUAACAGAUGUUGGUCAAAACCAAAUGCCACACAGAUACUGACUUCCGCGCUCCAUCAGGGCAAGAGGUGCUCUCCCAAGCCAGGAGUUGCAUUCAUAAGCUAACCUUAGAACUGGCAACAGCAGGAGAGGGGCGGUGGCGGGCGCAGUUUAGCUUGGGUUGGUUUGAAGUUGCACACCCCCUGCCAGCCCUUCUCAGCACAUUAUUUUUGGAGGGAAAUCUCGAGUCUGUCUUCAUUAGGUGGUGAUGCUGAAGCUGGUGGAGUUCCCUGUCUGCAUACUCCAGCCUUCCUGGACAAGCGGGGACUUCUGCUCUGGGGGAAAAAAGCGGGGUGGCAUCUCUUCUUUCAGGUUGAAUUUAUCCCUUAAAUGCUACCUUCAGAGGGUUAGGACCAGUUUAUUUUGAGCUUUUUUCCUGCAAAUUUGUCUCGUUUAAGAGGCAGUAGGAUCUUUACUGUGUGGAUCUUUAGUCUUUGGUGAGGGUGAACACUGGCUUUUGGAUACGUACCCCAGCAGUCUUAGCUAGUUGUUAUUUCAAGCCGUGCUUAGGUUAACGAGCAGAGGUGCCCUUUUGUCAUGAAGAGAGACUGUGGAGAGCGAAGCUAUGUGCAAUGACGGCCCUGCUUAUCUCCUACACCUUAAACUAUUUCAUGCACCUUCACUGGGAUCCAUAAUCUUUAAGUAUUUAUGGAAUCAUAACCUUCGUCUCUCACGGAAAGAUUAACACCACCUUCCCUUCUCCACCUGCUCACAUGCACACACCACGAAAGAAGGAAAUGAAAACUGCCAAACGCACUUAGUUUCACGCCCCUGGUCCCAUCUCCCAUGCCCAGAGGGUUAUAACCUGUGAAGGGAGAGACGCUACAGUUCUGGUGGAGUUGUAUAAAGGUGUCUGUUGUUCUGUCAUCACUGCCUAAAGAAAACAGUUCGAGUUGCUCAAGAGGAGUUUGGCUUUGGAUUUUAUUUCGUUUGGUUUAUUCGUUUUUUUGGGGUCACCUUCCCCUCCUCCUCCUCCUCUCCUCCUCUUCCUCUCUCUUCCCCCUGCCCCCAAACAUGUACAGUAACUAUACAGAGACUGCUGCAGACUUGUAUAUAGUUUUUGGAUCCAAUAGCAUGGAGAGACUUGGAACUGUUGCAGAUCUGGUCUCCCUGUCUCCUUUGCUUUGUAAAUUCAUAAAAGGGGGAAGAGGGGUAGUUAAAAUGUUUACAAAACUUUAAACUCCCUCUGAACUUUUGCCAGUGUGGGGCGGGGGGGGAAGAGAGAACUUAAAUAAAACCUGGUUGUAUUAUAUCUGA